AUGCCGAAUAAUGACUGCAAGCAACCCCUGAAAUUUGCCAUUCUUACCACGGAUUUGAGAAGCCUAAAACCCGCGUUUAAUAUUGGCAUCGAGAAAGUUGUUUUUAAUACCACUACUUCUGCAAUGCUUUCAAUUCUUCUAUAUCUAGUUAUAACUGAGGUCGCCACAACCACUGGGACGGGUACAACACCAAUCAUGACUGCCCCAGAUAGUACGACGAAACCCACCGACGGAGCUACAAAAGCCGUGAUCAAAUUUCCCAUCACAUUUCUCAUUGUUAUCUUCAUUUUUGAGUUGUUAGUUCCUUUCGAUUAA